AUGGCCAGCACAGGAAGUUCCAACACCUCAGCUGGAAUUCCAGAGCUGCCUUCACUGUCAGAGCGCAUCCAAAAUCCUGCUGACAUCUCUGUCAUUGUCAUCUAUUUUGUGGUGGUCAUGAUUGUUGGGCUAUGGGCAAUGCUGAAGACAAACCGAGGCACAAUUGGUGGUUUCUUCCUGGCCGGUCGAGAAAUGACCUGGGUGCCAAUGGGUGCCUCCCUCUUUGCCAGUAAUAUUGGCAGUGGUCACUUUGUGGGGUUGGCUGGAACUGGAGCAGCUUCAGGAAUUGCUGUUACAGCAUUUGAAUCUCAUUCCUUGCUACUACUGCUGGUUCUAGGAUGGUUCUUUGUCCCCAUCUACAUCAAGGCAGGGGUGAUGACCAUGCCAGAAUAUCUCAAGAAGAGGUUUGGUGGGAAUAGACUGCAGGUCUACCUCUCUGUCCUAUCCCUCUUCAUGUGUGUGGCUUUGAAAAUUUCUGCAGACAUAUUUGCUGGGGCCAUAUUUAUAAAGCUAGCUUUGGGAUUAGACCUUUACCUAGCUAUCGUCAUCCUCUUGGCUGUCACUGCUGUUUAUACCAUCACUGGGGGCUUGGCCUCGGUGAUCUACACAGACACUCUCCAAACUGGUGUCAUGUUGCUCGGCUCUUUUAUUCUCCUGGGGUUCGCAUUUGUUGAAGUUGGAGGCUAUGAGAGCUUUGCAGAGAAGUACAUGAAUGCCAUCCCAUCCGUAAUUGAGGGGGACAAUCUGACAGUCAACCCCGGGUGCUACACUCCUCAGGCAGACUCCUUCCACCUCUUCCAAGAUGCUGCUACGGGAGCUAUUCCAUGGCCAGGAAUGGUAUUUGGAAUACCCAUUACAGCUCUGUGGUACUGGUGCACAGAUCAGGUUAUUGUACAACGUUGCUUAUCUGGAAAGGACAUGUCCCAUGUGAAGGCAUCCUGCAUUAUGUGUGGAUACUUAAAACUGCUGCCCUUGUUCCUCAUGGUGAUGCCAGGAAUGAUUAGCCGUAUUCUGUAUACAGAUAUGGUGGCCUGUGUGAUACCUUCUGAGUGUGUAAAACACUGUGGUAUUGAUAUUGGCUGCACUAACUAUGCCUACCCAACAAUGGUACUUGAACUGAUGCCUGCUGGACUUCGAGGCUUGAUGCUGUCAGUCAUGUUAGCCUCUCUUAUGAGCUCCCUGACAUCCAUCUUCAACAGUGCUAGCACUCUCUUCACCAUAGACCUCUACACCAAAAUGCGGAAGCAGGCAUCAGAGAAAGAACUCCUGAUAGCUGGACGGCUAUUUGUUAUUGUAUUAAUUGUCCUCAGCAUACUGUGGGUCCCCAUAGUAGAGGUAUCUCAAGGUGGACAACUGAUUCACUACACAGAAGCCAUUUCCAGCUACCUUGGACCUCCAAUUGCGGCAGUCUUCCUGCUUGCCAUUUUCUGUAAACGAGUAAAUGAACAAGGAGCAUUCUGGGGUCUGAUGGUUGGACUUCUUUUCGGCAUUAUUCGUAUGAUUGCAGAGUUUUCCUAUGGAACAGGAAGUUGCUUGGCUCCCACAAAUUGUCCCAAGAUUAUCUGUGGAGUGCACUAUCUAUACUUUUCCAUCAUUGUCUUUUCUGUGACUACAAUAGUUGUCCUGGGAAUUUCCUUCCUGACAAAACCCAUUCCUGAUAUAAACCUAUAUCGCUUGUGCUGGUCUCUUCGGAACAGUAAAGAGGAAAGAAUUGAUUUAGAUGCAGAUGAGAAAAGACCAGGAGAAACUGAAAAUAGUACUGAAGAUCAUUCUGAAAAAUCUCAUGGGUGUCUCCGGAAGACUUAUGACUUGUUCUGUGGUUUACAGAACACAGGGCCAAAGUUGAGCAAAGAAGAGGAAGAAGCCCUUAAGAAGAAACUCACAGACACAUCAGAGAAACCCUUGUGGAAAACUAUAGUGAACAUCAAUGCCAUCAUCUCCCUGGCUGUGACAGUUUUUUUCUAUGCCUAUUUUGCCUGA